GACUUAUGUCGAAUAAAUAAUCAAUUGCUGAUUGCACUCGGAGUGGGCCAUCCGAAAAUCGAUCAGAUCUGUACGCUGCUGGCUCGUUAUGGCAUUCACCCGAAGAUGACUGGUGCCGGUGGAGGCGGCAGUGUGUUCGCUUUUCUGAAACCAGAUACAUCAACAACUGUGCUCACAAUGAUAAAGGAUGAAUUGACAAAGCUGGAUUAUGAGUUAUGGCAACCACCGUUGGGUGGACCCGGAGUGGUUUGUCAUGCAGGUAAACCAGACUUGUUCAGUGUGCCAAUCACGUGCAUGAAUGCAGCACCAUCGGCUUCGCAUUCACCCAACACAACCCCACAAGCAGCACCAUCCAGCUCAUCUUCAUCGUCGAGCACACAUCGUCAUUCACAUCAGCAGAAUCAGCUAGGUGCUGAAUCGCAUUCGACACAUUCGACACCCUCUUCAUCACAUCAUCGUCAUCAUUCGAAAAAAUAA